AUAUAUAUAUAUCUCUCUAUCGCUGUGUGCAGCAUCUGAGGUCUGUCUCUCUCUCCCUCCUCAGUUGAGGCAGCAACAAACAAGACGAAGGCAGCAGCACCAACGAAGGCAGCAGCACCAACGAAGGCAGCAGCACCAAAGAAGGCAGCAGCACCAAAGAAGGCAGCAGCACCAAAGGCAGCCAGACGUCAGAAAGGGGGUGUGUCCCAGGGGGAUGUGGAAAUGGCAGAUAUGGAAUGAGAAGAGGAUGAGAGACUGUUCUGUUGGCCCCAUGCCAAGGCCAGACCAGGCUCCAUAUUCAGACCAGGCUCCAUAUUCAGACCAGGUCCCAUAUUCAGACCAGGUCCCAUAUUCAGACCAGGCCCCAUAUUCAGACCAGGCUCCAUAUUCAGACCAGACCCCAUAUUCAGACCAGGCCCCAUAUUCAGACCAGGCCCCAUAUUCAGACCAGGCCCCAUAUUCAGACCAGGCUCCAUAUUCAGACCAGGUCCCAUAUUCAGACCAGGCCCCAUAUUCAGACCAGGCCCCAUAUUCAGACCAGGCCCCAUAUUCAGACCAGGCCCCAUGCCAAGGCCAGACCAGGCUCCAUAUUCAGACCAGGCCCCAUAUUCAGACCAGGCUCCAUAUUCAGACCAGGCCCCAUAUUCAGACCAGGCUCCAUAUUCAGACCAGGUCCCAUAUUCAGACCAGGCUCCAUAUUCAGACCAGGUUCCAUAUUCAGACCAGGCCCCAUAUUCAGACCAGGCCCCAUAUUCAGACCAGGCCCCAUGCCAAGGCCAGACCAGGCCCCAUAUUCAGACCAGGUCCCAUAUUCAGACCAGGCCCCAUAUUCAGACCAGGCCCCAUAUUCAGACCAGGUCCCAUAUUCAGACCAGGCCCCAUAUUCAGACCAGGCCCCAUAUUCAGACCAGGCCCCAUAUUCAGACCAGGCCCCAUAUUCAGACCAGGCUCCAUAUUCAGACCAGGCCCCAUGCCAAGGCCAGACCAGGCCCCAUAUUCAGACCAGGCCCCAUAUUCAGACCAGGCCCCAUAUUCAGACCAGGUCCCAUAUUCAGACCAGGCCCCAUAUUCAGACCAGGCCCCAUGCCAAGGCCAGACCAGGCCCCAUAUUCAGACCAGGCUCCAUAUUUAG